UUGAAACCUGCGGUCACACGUCGUUUGUUAUUAUUAUUUGGUUAAAUUGUGGACUCCUUCCGCCAAAUUAAAAACAAGGAUGCCUUGCUGGUACUACGACAAAAAAGAGCUGCGAGAAACCCCAUCAAUCCUAGAUGGCGUCACCUAUGACACCGAGCGUCGAUAUCGCAAAGAGGGCGCACGCUUUAUCAUGGAAUGUGGCACGAAAAUGGGCCUCGGUCACAACACAAUGGCCACCGGUGUCGUGUACUUUCAUCGCUUUUACAUGUUCCACUCGUUCAAGAGUUUUCCACGAUACGUGACGGCGUGUUGCUGCCUGUUUCUCGCCGGCAAGGUGGAGGAGACGCCCAAAAAGUGUCGCGACAUCAUCAAAACGGCGCGGGGUAUUCUCAACGACAACUAUUUCUAUUCGUUUGGCGAUGAUCCAAAGGAGGAGGUGAUGACACUGGAGCGCAUAUUACUGCAAACGAUCAAGUUUGAUCUGCAGGUGGAGCAUCCCUACACGUUUCUGCUCAAGUAUGCCAAGUGCAUCAAGGGCGAUCAACAGAAACUGCAGAAAAUGGUUCAAAUGGCGUGGAAUUUUGUUAAUGAUUCAUUGAGUACUGUUGUCUGCCUGCAAUGGGAACCCGAGAUCAUCGCUGUGGCUCUUAUCUAUUUGGCCAGCAAACUGAGCAAGUUCCUCGUCCAAGAUUGGCUGGGCAGACAGCCACAACAUCGCUGCUGGUGGGAUAUGUUUGUGUCGAAUGUAACGAUGGAAAUACUGGAGGACAUAUGUCAUCAAGUGUUGGAUUUGUAUCAGUCGUCACAACGCGAGGGUCAAGAGCCCAACAGUCCGCCCCAGAAGCCACCCAGUCGCGCCGACAGUCCCACCGCCAACAUCAAAACAAAUGUGGAUCAGACGUCUGCGCAGCAACAGGCAAGUCAAGGCAAUGGCAUCGAGCUGAACAACAUACAAAGCAUUAAAUCCCUGGCCAACGUUAUACCUGUAGUCUCACUGCCGCCGCCGCCAUCGUCAAAUGAUGCACUGCCUCUGGCCAACGCUGCUGUUCUUGCACCGCUGCCGCCGCCACCAGGCGGCACCAUCAACAGCAGCGGCGGCAAUGCGUCGGCCAACUAUCAUCACAUGUACCAUGCACCGCCGCCACCCCCGCCGCCCGUUGUGCCCAUGCCACCGUAUGCAGCGAAUGCCUGGACACAGCAGCCGCCGCCACCAACGCAUUACACAACAUCGGCGCCCCCUCCACCGAUGCCACCCAACAUGGGACCAAGUGCUCCGCCUGGAGCUGCUGGCGGUGGCUACUACAAUGCGGCACGCCAGCAACAACAACAGCAGCAGCAACGUUACCAAUAAUAGAUGUUGUAGAAAUCAUUUAACGUCAAAAAGUUAGUUAGAAAAGAGAGGCGCAUGUAAUAUUAAUAAAGCGUAAUUUUUAUUAAA